AUGCAUGCACGAUGUACUGAAAUUCCUUUAAAACAAUUGAGCACUGUGUCAAUAUGUGAUAUUGAUUUCAUUAUUUUUACAUCAGAAUGUACAGAAUUUUCAAAACUGAAAAAUUUGUGUAAUGAGACAGGAUUGGUCGUAGAUGGCAAACCAGUAGAUCCACACUCAAUUCCGUUUAUCGCUUCACUGCAAAUAAGAAAAAAAUCGGAUCUUAGUUGGGAUUGGAUAUGCGGUGGGUCGUUGAUUGACACAAAGUUUAUUUUGACUGCAGCGCAUUGUGUACAUGAGUUCAAAAAAAACCCAACAAAGAUUUCAGUUCUCUUGGGUGCCCAUAAUAAAACGGAAAUAAAUUAUAGUACUCGAUUUAAUGUAAAAAAUAUAACAAUACAUCCUAACUACAAUCAUACAUUGAAUGAUAUUGCUAUACUGGAAAUGGAAAGACCAGCAGAUUUUAGCACGUUUAAAAUUCGACCAGCUUGCUUGCCCACAUCAAGUAGAGAGGAUAUCACAGAAUUUAGAGCUGCUGGUUUUGGCAAGACCAAUAGAGGGAAGGAAUCAAGUGAAUUGUUGCAAACAACUUUAAUGACACGCGAUAUUACAAAAUGCAAUUUUACGGCCUUCACGGAAUUGAAUGAAACUCUUCACUUCUGUGCAGGGCCAAAUGGUAAAACUGGCGGAAAUGUUUGUCGUGGCGACUCUGGCGGUCCAGUUUUUAGCUCAGAUCCUAAUCAUAAGAAUUGCCUUUUUUCGGUCAUGGGCAUCAUUACAAAGGGACGGUGAAGGUGCUUUUACUCUUCACGCCAGAGUUUCAUACUAUCGCGAAUGGAUUGAGCAAAUUGUUUGGCCAAAUGACACAA